GGUUUGCAGUGGUCGGCGAGAAAAUGAUGGCCGAGUACGCUAUUGGUGCGACACUUACUUCUGUUUUUCACCCUGUAGGGUUCUCAAGAUUUCUCAUACAGCUUGGUCAUGAACCAUUGCCUGCAGAACCAGGAAGGUCUUUCAUGUGGUAUGGAGGAGACAAAAUGUACUAUCCAAAUAUUCUGCGAUAUAUGAGCCACAUCAAACAAAAAGAAGGAUUCCUAGGGCUGUACAGAGGCCUUGUACCAAGGAUUUUGGGAGGCUUUGUCGGCAAUUUCACCACUACAGCAACAAACAAUUAUCUCAAAAGUGUUGGGGCCUACACAGAGGAGUCUGGUCAAGCUGACAGCCACAAUGCUGACGAGUUAGUAGGAUGGUUAAAGACAUUCUUUUUACAGACGUCGAAAGAAACAGUAGGACGCUGCGCAGGAAUCAUAGUUAGCCAACCAUUUCAUGUGAUAAUGUUGAGGUGCCAAGCACAGUUUAUUGGUGGAGAAACACAAUACAAUUCACUGUGGUCCUCGCUGGUAGAGAUUUACAACAAUGACGGAAUCCUUGGAUUCUUUGGUGGACUUAUACCCAGACUAGUAGGGGAGGUAAUCACGAUUUUCCUGACUAACUUUUUCGCCAACCUGAUCAACAAACACUUCCUUGAAGAUAAGGAGAUGAGAACCUACACAUCCAGUGCUUGUGGACUUGUCAUUGGGACAUUCACAUAUAGGUUCUCCUUAGUCGGCAACUUGAUGGCCGUAAACAACUCAGGACUUGUGGCUGCAAAGUUUCCAUACAUGUUAGCCUACAGCAACUGGUAUCAGUGUUGGGAUCAUCUCAGCAAAGAGCACCAGCUCGGAAGAGGAUCUCGUCUGUUCAAUCGUAUUGUUACAGCCAGGCGUUACGUAUUACUAGACUAAGUGUAAUGACACAAUGCUGAAAUUCACACAUCGCUUCCACUCGGCCAACAUCAGGAAAUGACAGAGACAUUAAAUGAACACCAUACAAUGUAACACAUGUCACUCUGAUGUCCUCAAGGGCAGAGAGACUCUUGAUUGCAAGAGGAGCUCAAGUGUUAACAAUGGACUAUAUUUUAUCUAUUUCAUAUGGCAGACAUUAUUUAUACCAAAUUAGGUUAUGAUUGGUAAAAGUGUGUAUGGGAAAAAGUUACUGCAAUGUAGAGCAGGUUGUCAUUAAAAUUUUAUAAGAACAAA